AUGUCUCUGAGUGAACGAACCAGAUUACUUGCAAGCUCUGGAGAUGAAAGCGAACCAACAGGUCCCAACUCAACGGAGAGUCCCAAGGACAAUACUGGUAGCACCAACAAUAGUACCAGACUAGCGAUCUUCAUCGCAUAUCUCGGGGCAUUUCUUGCCAGCUCUGACGAAUCAGUCGUCAUCGCGACCUACCAUGUCAUUGCUUCCGAGUUCCAUGAGCUCGCCAAAGGCCCAUGGCUGGUCACAGGCUACAAUCUGGGCUACUGUAUCGCACUGCCGAUCUAUGGCACAUUGGCAGAUACAUGGGGGCGGAAGCUGUCCAUGCUAAUAGGAUACACAAUCUUUGGCCUAGGGUGUCUCAUCAGCUCGAUCAACUCAACAAUGAUCGGAUUGAUAGCAGGGAGAAUCGUCAGUGGUGCCGGCGUUGCUGGCAUGGCCAUCACAAUCUCAAUAAUCAUCACCGACCUGGCUGCUCCCCGCGAUGUUGCCCUUUUGCGGAGUUAUACCAACGUUGUGGCCAUGAUCGGACGCGGAGUAGGGGCCCCGAUAGGUAGCAUCGUGGUCAACUCACUUGGCUGGAGAUGGGCGUUUGCUGGUCGGUUGCCACUCAUUGUGCUCUGUUUGAUUCUGUCCCGAUUAUACUUCCCAAACCAACACAAAGAGACCGCUGAGCCCCAAAGCUCCCAUGGGGGAAGUAUCAAGCAACUCGACUACCUGGGCAUUGCUACCUUUGCUACUGCCAUAAUGGCUCUAUUGUUGGCCAUGACAGUGGCAGGCCAGGACGGCGGCAAAAUGUCCCACAUCUAUUUGAGACCACUGGUGCCUCUGAGGCUGGCCACUAAAGGCAUUGGACAGUAUUGGCUGGUGGAGCUAGGGCUCUUCUGCGGGCGAACGGGGCUUGUUGCUACUAUAACUCAAUACCUCACCCAAGUGAAGCGGGUUCCAGAGGCCACGGCUUCAAUGUUUCUCGUUUUCUGCACGAUGGGACUUGCAGUCGGUUCCAUGGCUUCCGGUUUCGCAAUCCAGCGAACAAAGCGGUACAAAAAGCGAAGUAUCUACGCUGCGGUAAUCAGCGUAAUAUCAUCGAUUCUCCUUUUCUUCUCGUGGCACUUCGAUCAUCCCGUGGCGGAGUCCUUGCUAGUGAUUCCUAUGAGUACGCCGAUCGGCAUCAUUAUUUCCGGCGAAUUUAUCGGCAUGUCCAAUCGUGCACCGCCAGAGAUCCUCGCAUCAUCGAUCGGAGCAUACUACCUCAGUCAGCAGUUAGGUUCGAUCAUGGGCGCAGCUAUGGGACCCCUGAUCGUGAGGGCCGGGUUCAAGUACGACAUUGCCGGGCGGCUGAACGAGCAAGUCGAAACUGAGAUCAUCCGCAAUGUGCUUCGCGACGCCAAGUACGUCAAUACCCUGCCGGAAGAUAUCCAGCGAGUCGUCCGUUCCUCCUUGGGCUAUGGAUAUCAAUUCGUGCCAGUACUUGCAACGGUCACGGUUGCUCUCUGUGUGCCCAGCCUGGUGUUGACGCGCGAACAAUCGGUGGAGUAA